UGGGCAAAGAACGUGCUGCGUGGGUGGACGCUUAUGUAUUUCCGGUUGAAUGUAGGGUUCUUCCGCGUAUCCUCGUCCAGCCCAAACCAGACGAAGAAAUCUCAACCAAACCCCAUUACACUAACAAAUCUUACUGAAGCAAUACACAUAUAUACACUCUAAUAUUAAACAGUCGGGAAUUGUAUUCAAAACAUCUCUAGCAACCUAAUGAAAUGAACUCUUUAACCUGACCAAAUUCGUGAUCUAGGACAGUCAUACAUCAGGAAUCAGGUGACCUCUCUGAACUAUCCUGGGACCAUGCUGGACCACACUGACCCCAGCCUCCCGCCCGAGGAGCGGGUGCGUGCCUUAACUAAGAAAGGGAGCGUGGUGGACGUCAACGAGAACGUGCCCGCCCGCCGCUACUUCCGCUCCGGUAUGGAGAUGAUCCGCAUGGCCCACACCUAUGCGGAGGAGGGGAACACGGAGCACGCUUUCAUGCUCUACAAUAAAUACAUCACCCUCUUCAUUGAAAAGUUGCCAAUGCAUCCAGAGUAUAAGACAUCGACCUUUCCUGAAAAGAAGGACACUUUGAAGAAACUCAAGGAGAUUGCCUUUCCUCAAGCAGAACUGCUUAAGAGGCAUAUCUUAAGGAGAUACGAGAAGGAGUAUGCCGACUAUCUUGUCAGGAGGCAGGCGGAGGAGGCCUCCAUGUACCAGGAGCAGUCUCGGCGGCGCGAGCUGGAGGUGGAGCGUCAGCGCGUGGCCGAUAUGCAGCGGCGGCAGCGCGAACAGGAACAGUUCAGUGCCUUCGAGGAGAUGAUCCGACGCCAGGAGCUGGAGAAGGAACGCAAGCGCGUCCUCAACGAGUUCACCAACCCCCAACCGGCCGCUGGCUUCCCCCAUCCCGACGCCCCGCUCCUGCCGGGCAUCCAGGGGCCACCGCUCCCCUACGCGCCCUCGUCUGCUCAGACACUCCCCAGCUCUAAUCACCAUCAUCAACAACACCACCACCCAAGCGAACCUGCCCGCACACCAGUCUCGCCCCCUGCCUUCGAUCGAUCCCUUAAGCCAGGGUCGCUCAUCUCACCAAGCAACAGCCAUACGGUGGACGGACUGAGGCAACUGACUGUGCCCGCUGAGCUUUGCGCUCAGUUCUUAAGACUGGCCAACAACAACACUAUCAGAUCAGUGGAGACCUGUGGGAUCCUCUGCGGAAAACUGACGAGGAAUGCUUUCACGAUUACCCAUGUGAUCGUGCCAAAGCAGUGUGGCGGGCCAGAUUACUGCGACACGGAGAACGAGGAGGAGCUGUUCCUGGUGCAGGGCCAGUACGACCUUAUCACACUGGGCUGGAUUCAUACACACCCUACACAGACUGCUUUCUUAUCAAGUGUUGACCUUCACACGCACUGCUCCUACCAAAUAAUGCUACCAGAGGCCAUUGCUAUCGUGUGCUCCCCCAAGUUCAACGAGACGGGAUACUUCAGACUGACAGACCAUGGCAUGGAGGAGAUAUCUACUUGUAAACAGAAGGGCUUCCACCCACACUCCAAACACCCUCCUCUCUUUGCGGAAGGAAGCCAUAUCAUUAUCACGGACAGCACGGUCACAAUGAUGGACCUACGGUGAAGUCAGAUCAGAGCACAAGAGAUGGUGCAAUGAAGUGGAUAUCAACCCCUCUCUUUAACUCUACAUUCUUUUACUUUACUUUCUGUGGCAACUAGCACUCCAGGAUCCUGGAGAGGAAGUUGAUUGAAGCCAAGGCCUUGAGAGACUCUUGGGAGUGUUUAUCAGUGGGAUUGGACUUUUAUGGGCAUAUCAGCCUGUCGGAUGCACUUGUACUUGUUUAAGAAAGUGAAUUUGAAAACAAAACAAACCUUUAAAUGUUGUUGUCUACGGGGAGCUCAGGGAUGGACACUAAACCUCAGAAAAAACACUCGCAUUAGGAUUGUAAUCACUACUAUACCAUCGGUUUCCGUUAUUGACCCACUUGUGUUUUAACUUGCCUCUAUUUAUAAUCCCCAUCAUGGUGGUUCCACACUAAUUGUUGCUAAACUAUUAAAGGAGAUGAGUGAUAUUUUUCAAAGAAUGGCCGAAGUACACAAA